CCAAUAUUAUUAGUCAGCCCGAGCCUGUGAAAUAUUGGAAAUUUAGCAGACAAAAUUUUUGCAAAUCUAAAGUAUUUGACAGCAAAUGAGGUGACACUUGUAUAAACGAUAAAGGCCCAUAAAAGUAGUUCAGAAUGCCAGGAAUGGAAAAAUUACAUUUGGAAGAUGUACUGGAAGACAGUCCUCAGACAAGAAACCUCCUGAGAGUGUUUGAAAAUGACGCCUUUGCAUUGAAAAAGUAUACAUUAGGAUUACAUAAUUGUUGUCAAAGAAUUAUGAAAGCACAGAAUGAAUUAUGUGCAGCAACACAAGCAUUGUCUCAGCAACUAAGAGAUUAUGAAAUUCAGACUUUUCCAUUAGAACCAGAGGACAGUAUACUAACUACAACAUUAAAACAGUUUUCUAGUUACUUAGAUGAUGUAAGUUCAAUACAGCAAGUUUUAUCAGCACAGUAUUCAGAAACAAUGAUGUAUCCUAUGUCAAGAUUUAUUCAAGCAGAUCUUGAAGAGGUUUCAACCCUGUGUGAAAUGUUUCAGAUAGCAACAACUGAACAUGAAAGUGCAAUAAAGAACUAUAUGAAAUUACCCAAAAAGAAAGAAAAUGAUAGACAACGAAUGGAGUAUAAUGAAGAAUUGUAUGGAAUGAGAAAAAAGUUCCAUCAGACAGGUCUACAUUACUACUCCAGUUUAAAUGCCUUACAGUACAAAAGAAAAUGUUCCUUACUGGAGCCAAUACUGGGAUAUAUGCAUGCACAAAGAGCCUUCUUUCAGAUGGGUCAGGAUGCUGUGUGUAAAAAAGAAAUAGAAGAAUUCUUAAACAACAUAAAUGCUAGUGUACAAGGUGUACAGAAAGAACUACAGCAAGACACAAAGAAAACAGUAGAUCUGAUAGAUACAUUAGAACAACAAAGUGUGCAGCAUUACCAUGCAGAACCCAAUCCUGAAAUGCCAUAUAUACCCCCAAAUACUCAACUCGCACAAAAAGGGGGAUACUUGUUCAUUCGCAGUAAACAGUUGAUAGCCACCAGAUGGGACAGGUGUUUUUUCUUCACCCAAGGAGGGAACCUAAUGUGUCAACCAAAAGAUGAAGUGAAAAAGACUGUCUUACAAGAAGUGGCUGGUAGCUUAUCAUUAGAUUUGAAUGAACCAGGUGUGUUGGCUGAACCUUAUGAAACAGAUGAUAGAAGAUUUGUUUUCCAUGUAACUUCACCAAAGUUAAGAAAAUCAGUUGUAUUACAAGCUGAGAAUGAAAGAGAAAGAGAUGAGUGGAUAUGUACAAUUAACAACAUAGUAAGAGAGAGUGGCUAUGUUAAAUCAAAGUCACCACUGCAGCAGCAAGCCAACAAGGAAAGAACACCUAGCACAACCAGCAGUACAAAAGAAUCUGGUGGUAGUAGUCCUGACAUGGCCAAUGUAAACAGUUCAGCAAGUUUAGGAUCACCGCAUGCUCCUAAACCAGCACCUUCAACAAAUGAUAUGUUGUUGUCUGACGUACCUAUACAGUUUGAUCUUCAACCUAUUAUUGAUGAUAUAACAGAUGUUACUCCUAAUCUACAAGGUCCACCAAAGAGAAUAAAUCCAUUUGACCAAUCCACUGGAGAAGUUUUAGAUAAUUUAGACUCAGCAAUAGCAGAUGCCCAUUAUGUAGAAAGUUUUGUUGUCAGAUUUUUAGGUUCAAUGGAAGUAAAAGCAGACAGAGGAGAACCUUUAGUUUUAGAAACAAUGAGACAGAUAAUGGCAGCUAGGGCAAUACACAAUGUGUUUAGAAUGACAGAGUCUAGACUUGUCGUAUCCAGUGAUAAUAUGAAGUUGAUAGAUCCAUCUACAAACAUUGUAAGAACAGUAUUUGCAUUAGCAGACAUAUCAUUUUGGGCAGCACAUAAUGAAAACAAAAGGUUGUUUGGUUUUAUAACCAGAAACAGACAAACAGGUUUACCUAAUCCAUCCUUUGCUUGUCAUGUGUUUGAAUGUAAUGUAUCAGCAGAAGAGAUAUGCAGUGCCAUACAAACAGCAACCAAACUUGCCUUUCAAGCUUUAAUGCCUUCUAAUGACCCUUCUUUAGCAGGUGAGAAAAAAGCAGUGGAAAAGAUUCAGAAGGUUAAAGCCAAGGAAAAGAACAUUUUAUUGCAAAAUAUUCAAAAUCUUGAGGAUGCUGAUUCUGAUGAAGAACUUAGUAAUCUGCCUCUUUCACCAGAUGGCAAAUAUUUGGUGCUUACUGCAACGGAGGAUGACGACGAAAUGUUAGAGGAUACAAAUUACGUAGACACCCAGAUGACACAAAAAGUCAAGGAUUUAGUCGUAACACAAGAAGAGGAAGGAGUAGACGACUCUGAAGCUUGAUUUUAGGGGCAUUUUAUAUUUUGGUGAAAAUGGGGGAUUUAUUUUGCUUAGUAGUAUGUUUGGGUAUUUGGAAAAGACCAUCAUGUCAUAUUUCUUAUUGAAAGCUUGUGUACAUUGCAACUGUUCAAUGAACAAUUAUAAAACUUAAGAUUCAUUUAUAUUUAUGGGUAACAAUUUUUGUGGAUUUAAAAAAAAACACGCUACUUUCAUGAAUAUUUUAUUUUGUGGUUUUGCCAAAGUUUGUGUACAACCUUAUAAAAAAAUUAGUAAUUCGUUGAACUUUUUAUUUCCUGGUUCUCCUGUACCCACAUAAUCCACGAAAAUUUGUAUCAAACAAAUAAUAAUGGGUCCACAGUAAUGUUAUUUGUAUACAAAGAGCUUCUUACACAUUCAAAAAUGAAAUUUCUAGAAUCAUGAAUGGGGUCAGAUUGUAUACAUUUACCUAACUGUAUUACUACAAGUUACAUUUUGAAGAAUACGGAACUGCACACUAAAGAAAAUACUCUUUCAAAUAUAUAUGAUUUGUAAUUCAGAAUCUUUUUUUUUAAUUUUAUAAACGGUUAUGAAUAAAAUUGUUGACUUAUUUAAUUAGAUAAAUCCUGUAGAUAAGAUAAGAUAUGAAAAAAAUGCUGAAAUGCAGAAUAAGUACUAAUAAGUAUAAUCAGUAUUAAACUUUCAUUAUUUGUAUUAACCAUUUGAUAACUCUAUUUAAAUACUCCUGCCAAAAAUCUCGAUCUAAUAUUGCAUUUCUUAAAAAAUAUUUUAAAGUGGCAAGAAUGUCAGACUUUUGAGACCAAUUUUAAAGUUCUUGAGCAUGUUUCAGAUAAAUCACAAGAUGUUUCAUAAAAAAGCAGUAGUCACGUUACAGUAUGAAAUUAUAUAAAGCUCAUAGCCUGAGAAAAAGUGAUGUUUACGAGAAAAAAAGGAAAAUUAUAUACUUCACAUUUAUGAUUUUUUUUUUUAAGUGAUCUUGGAAAUCAUGCCUGUAUAACCUUAUUCAAAAUCAAAAUGUAUAAGAGAUAUAAUCUUCUUGUCUUGUUAUAAAAGUUAUAUAAUAAAACUGCUGUCUCAAUUUAAGCAUUUUCUAACUAUUUUUCAUGUUUUAUAAAGAUUCACAAGCUUUGGUGAAAUGGGGCAUUGUUUUACAUUUCAAUUCAUAUUUAAGAUGCAAGAAGAAAUGUCAUAAUAAAGUGUUUUCCUCCAAUAUAAACUUUCAUUGGCCAAAUCAUAUUUAAAAAGGAGGCUACAUAUUGCCUGUUUCUCAGAUCUGAAGUACCUGUACCUGUUUUGGUACUUCCUUAGUUCUGGAAACCUGCAUGCUCUUAUAUGCAAUUCAAGGUUUGUUGAUUUUUUCCCAGUAAAAUAUGAGCUUCUGUGGUGGUUUAAAAUUGGCAUAAAAUAAAUGUUUAUUUAAACUUAAGACAUUAGUGCUAUGAUUGCUGGAAAUUGAAGAAUAUAACAUAGACAUCAAUGGGGACAAGAACUUGUGGUGUUCCUCCUAUAUUUGAUAUAUUUUUCCAUUAAUAUGAAGAGCUGUUAAGUUAUAGAUAUCUUAUGUUUCAAUGGUUUUUACAAUGGUUGUUUCUUUGUUUUAUCGAGUGGCAUUUAAGACUUAUUUGUUACUUUAUCUUACAAAAGCUUAAAGUUUUGUAUUAUUUCUAAAGCAUUUGUAAGCAAAUUAUGAGAUCUCUGUACAUUAAGAAAAGGUUGAUAGUUUGAAUGUUAUAAUAGUAUAAAAGAAAAGUAUAAUUAUGAAACGUGUAAUAUUCUUUAACCAUUACUUUGUGACACACAAAAUAUGUUUUUUUUUUAUUUUAAAGAUAGAGAUAGCUCAGCAAUACAAACUUUAAUUUUAUUUAUGAAUUUAUUAUACAUUUAUUAAGAAAAUUUCCAAGUUUUUAUUUUUCUAUUUUUGAAUGGUAUUUAUCUUUAAAAAAAAAUACAAUAUCAAAAUGAAUUUAAAUUAUUUCUAAAUGAUAAAAUGUCUUUUUUAAUUAAUUAUUUUAAAGAAAAUCUUCAUUUAAUGACAUCGCUAAUAUUUUUUUUAUGAGAUAUAUGUAUAUUGUUGUUUUGUAAUCCUCACCUACACUAGAAAAGGGGGAUUAUGUUUUUUAUUUUGCUUCUGUCUUUUAGUUCAAUUGUGGUGUAUCUGGUAAACAUGGGAAUGUGAAAGUGUAAAAUCUAUACUUUCUCAAACAUUUUUGUUACAGUCAUCUACUAUAAAGUUUUUGUCACAUUAAAUCUAAAUGUAUGGAUUUUUUAAAUUUAAGCCAAAUGAAGAUAUCAUGGUUAAAUUUGAUAUGUGAUAGUACAAGCAGGGCAUACUGUCCUAUGUACAAACAUCCCUGUUUAAAUGAAUAUGAUUUAAACAUUGAACAAAUUUGGUUUAUAAUAAUUUCUUUGAAUCAAAUUCUAUCAUUCAAAAUGAUAUACAGGAGUUUUUAUGGUUUUCGAAUAAGCGCUUUAGUAAGAUUUAUUACUGGCUUAUCCUAUUUUUCUUUUUGUUUAUGGCUGAACAUGUUUGUUAUCUAAUAUAGUAUGUAGCUUUUACCUUAGUAGAUAAUUUUGCAAGAUGAAUCAUUUAAAUGAAGAAAUCAUGUUUGUUUGUUCUGUUCUGUUUUGUUUUUUAAAUGGAAUGGAAUUGAUGUGUGCUAAGCCUGAUGCUGCCAUCAUUCAUUAUUAAUAUGUGAAGACCAUUUUAUUUUGUCACUAUAUGAAUUAGUGUGUGCUAUGCUAGAUUCACAGUUUUCAUUGAAUUUAUUGCUAUGUUAUUUAUUACACAAUUUUAAUUUAUGAUUUUGACAGUUUGAAAGAAGUCAUACAAUUUCAAAGGAUAUACAGCAUGAGAAAAAAUAUCAUUGUGAAAAAAGAACCACAAAGAUAUUUUCAUUACAAUCUAGUCACCUAAUAAAUUAUUUAUUUUCUACCAAGUAGAUUAACAUAAAAGGUUACUUUGAAUUCUGUUUACUCCUGACCCUCGACUCAGUGCAAUAUGUGAAGUACCCCCAAACUGUGCUUGGGCUACUUUUAUUAUUGAUCAAAGAAAGCCAUACAAUUAAAUAUAUAUAAUUUUGAUAUGGUAGAUUUCCAUUUUGGUGUAAGAAGUGAAAUAAAAUUUGGUAUUUUUAAAGACAUCUUUAAUUCUAUUUUAUAUGCAGUUUGCUCAGUGUCAUUUACAUUGAAGAGCAUGGACCUUUUCCAGACCCUACACAGUUAACUAUAAGAGAGAAUUCAUGGCACACUAACAUUUUUAUGUAAUGACUCUGACAAAGCCAUUUUUUUUUUUAACUUACUCACUUGUUUUUCAAAAUUUAAUGUCAUAUUUGAUACAAGAAAUUAAAAAAAAAAUAGAAAAUUGUUUAUGAUAUAUUUUAAAAACAUAACAGAUCUUGAGGGGGAAUGUAACAUAUAUACAAAAAGACAUAUGUCAUGGCGUUAUGGUAAAGCAGAGUUCAAGGUUUCCUUAAAACUUUGUUUUGUGCAAUGUAACAUAUUUAAAGUGUUUAAUCCUUAUAACUUUAUAGUAUUAGAUAAGUAUAACCAUUUGAUAGAGUGCCAUUUGGAAUCUCAAGUCUAUAAGAUAUAGGACAGAAUGUUGUUAAAUAAUAGCUGUGAUAGUGAAUACCUUUAAAUAGUUGAAACAUACAGACCAGAGAUUUGACUGAAAACUUACAGGAAUAUGAAGAAAAAUAAGAAAAAAUCAAAAACAAUGAUAGGAGUUUUAACGACCCUGACUGGCUAUUCAGCCCACGCAUGGUCACUAAUAAUACAAAAAAUAGAAAUAACACAUCUUGUGUAGUGAUUCAUUGGUUUAUUGGCUAAAAGAUUAUAAUUCUGCAUUACAAUGUCACAAUUCAUUUUCUUUCAAUUUUAUUAAAACACUGAUCUGUGUCCACACUUUGCUUACAAAGAUUUGACAACAAUCUGUGUAAAAGAUAUUUCAGGAUCCCUUGGGUUUUUUAAAUUUGAGUCAAAAACUUCAUUGGUUAAUAAAUAGUUAUAAGAAAAGUAAAAUUGAAUGUUGUCAGAUGUAGCAAAGUAUGGACACAUGAUCUGCAUUUAAAGACGAUUAUUUUUCGUUUAACAGAAAAAUAUACAUUACUUUGAAAGAUACAAUGUAUAAACAUUUUUUUGAGGCAUUUAAACUCUGAAAGUAUUAAACUUAAAAAAUAAUCAUUUUUUUCAAUUUUUCAUUUAAAAUCAAUGGGCAUGAGAAGGUAGAUGUUUACUAUUAUUUGAUGCAUAAUUCUGCACAAUUAUAAUUAAAUCCAUAUUAUUUAUUAAUCACCUUGAGUUAAAUAUUGAUAUAUAUUAAACUGUGAUAUGUAUAGAUUUGUACAUAAAUCAUUGUUGCUAGAGAAGGUGUGUGUUUAUAAAGAAGUUUUUAAUAAACUUAUCUUACAGACCUUU